AGCUACUGUUGACCCAGCCGUGGACAAACAAGGCAGUCAAUUAUUAACCGGCCGCGCGGCAGGCACCAGGAAACCCGAGCCCGCGGCGCAAGCCGAGCCGGCCCGACGGGGGGCGCAGGGCCAGGGAGCCGCGCAGCUUCUGCAGCUGCCGCGGGUUCGGGCCAUGGAGGCAGGAGCUGGAGGCGCAGGUGCCGGAGGGGCAGGAUCAGACACGAAAGGGGGCGGCAGCCCCGCCACCCCCGAAAACCCCCGGGGCGCCACGCAGCCCGCCGCCCCCGAAGACCCCCGGAUUCCCGCGCAGCCCGCCGUACCUGAGGACCCCCGGAUUCCAGCUCACCCCGCGCUCCCGCAGCUCCCACGCCGCCCGCGGCCCCUGGACGAGGAAGGAGCACCCAGCGAGGAUGGGGCCGCGGGGGGCAGCGAGCCCGCCCCGGAGGACGCCCCGGCCCAGGCGGCGGGCGAGGCGGGGCCGGGUUCCAAGGCAGCAGCCGGAGGCGCCCCCCACAUCGGCUUCGUGGAGGAGCCCCCGCCCUACGCGCCGCCGGACCCCAAGGCCACGCCGCUGCUGUACCCACCUUUCCCGCAGGUGCCCGUGCUCCUGCAGCCCGCGGCGUCCGCGCUCUUCCCGCCGCCCGCCCCGCUCUACCCGGCCGCGCCCACGCCGCCCGCGCUCUUCCCGUCGCCCGCCGGGGCCGCCUUCCCCUUCCCCGUGUACAAUGGCCCCAUGGCUGGCGUGCCAGGCCCUGCCACAGUCGAGCACAGACCCCUGCCCAAAGACUACAUGAUGGAGUCAGUGCUGGUGACCCUGUUCUGCUGCCUGCUCACUGGCCUCAUCGCCAUUGUGUACUCCCACGAGACCCGUGCAGCCCUGGGGAGGGGUGACCUGGCCCAGGCUGAGGCAGCCUCGAGGAAGGCCCGCUCGCUGGUGCUCUUCAGCCUGCUCUUUGGGGUCUUCGUGUCCACCAGCUGGGUCAUCUACGUGGUGGUGGCACUCUACCUUCCCUGAGGCUGUGGCUCCCACCAGGAUGUCGGAUGCCAGGAUGCUGGGAUGCCCAGGGAUAAUUGGCUGGGCCAGACCCUUUCUCUGGACUUGGAUCCCUGCGGGUGGCCAGUUCUCGCCUGCAGAGGGGAUCCAGGGCUGGAGGAGGGCGGGCUUGGCAACCCUCAGCGGACUUGUGGCUGGGCCUAAGCCUCCUCAGCCUCCACAGGUGGCCCACUGGAGCUCAGUCCCUGUCCUAAUCCGAGGUAUCUCCAGAGCCCAGCCCCAGUCGUGGGACAGGGGGCCACCAGAGGCACCUCCUCUCAAGGCCUUCUUUAGACACUUACCUUCAUCUGUGCCCCUGGGAGGCCCUUGUAGGGACCAAAGCCUUCACUGUCUUCAGAGCCAUCUGGAAGGACGUUGCAACCUCUGCCUUCCCACAACCUCCAGCCCAGCUUAGGCGAUAGGGCUGUCAGUAUUAUCUUUCCCUUAGGGAGAGUGGAGCAUGGUGGCUCCUGCCUGGUUGUUUCCCUACCCCUUCCCCAUCCGUGGGCGGAGCUUGCAGUGAGUUGAGAUCACAGCACUGUACUCCAGCCUGG